AGGCAGAAACCUAACAAACCGACUAUCUGCUAUCUGUGAUCAACGGUUAGUCCUCCAGCUACACACGGAAACAUGGGGUCCACCGCUGUGCUCUGUCUUUUAAUGGUCGCCUCUGUCUGUGGAGAAGCUGCAGCAGAAAGAAAUCUAGUAUAUGUGACUGUGUUGUUUCGGCACGGUGACAGGUCACCAGUCAAAGCCUAUCCUACCGACCCCCACCAAGAGAGCGACUGGCCGCAAGGCUUUGGACAGCUGUCACAGGAGGGGAUGAGGCAGCACUUUGAUCUGGGCCAGUUUUUAAGGAAACGGUACAAAGGAUUCAUCAGCGACUCCUACCAGAGACACGAGAUCUCUGUUCGCAGUACAGACUACGAUCGCACCCUGAUGAGCGCUGAGGCCAACCUUGCAGGUCUCUACCCACCCAGUGGUCAGCAGGUCUUCAAUCCAAACUUGCAGUGGCAGCCGAUACCUGUGCACACGGUUCCACUACGUGAAGAGAGGCUUCUGUCUUUUCCUCUGAGUGACUGUCCCCGCUACAAACAGCUGAUGAAUGAAACUGAGCACACAGAGGAAUUUAUCAAUGUCACCAUUAAAUACAAGGACAUUAUAGAGCUGGUGAGGAAUAAAACCGGAUUGAAUAAGACUACUGUGGAAACAGUCUGGAGUGUGUACGACACGCUCUUCUGUGAGUCUCGUCACAACAUGUCAGCUCCUGGUUGGGUGACUCCUGAUGUCAUGGGGAAGCUCAGAGAGCUCAAAGACUUUGGAUUUCAGGUUACAUUUGGGUUCCACAAACAACAAGAGAAGAGCCGGCUGCAGGGAGGUAUGCUGUUGGGUGAAAUAGUGAAGAAUCUUUCCAAGAUGGCCGUCCCAGACCCAGAGCAGAAACUAAAAAUGAUGAUGCUGUCAGCGCACGACACCACUGUAGCCGCCCUUCAGGCCAGCCUCAAUGUGUUCAGUGGAAGACAGCCGCCAUAUGCCUCCUGUCACAUAUUUGAGCUUUACAGGGACGACAACGGCUCUGCUUCGGUGUCGAUGUUUUUCCGGAAUAACAGCAAAGUGGAACCAUACCCUAUGCAGUUGCCAGGCUGCUCCCUUGACUGCCCCCUAGAUGACUUUGUGAGGAUUACCAAGCUCUCUAUUUCAGAUGACAGAGACAAAGAGUGUCAAUUGCCUGCAGAAGGGAGAGAUAAAGAAGUGAUCAUCAGUCUGGUGGUGUCCAGCUGCCUGCUCUUGUUCCUCAUCGUCCUCCUCCUCGGCAUUGUUUGUUGGCGGAAGGAUCCAAUCAGCAACCGGGGGUACCACCAUGUGAUCAACGAGGAAGGUAGAGAGGAAUCCUGACAGAAGCACAAACUCCUCCCUCGGAGAUCUACAAGCCUGGUAUCUUGGGACAGCAGCGAUGACGAUGAACUUUAAACUCUAAAACUCCAGAGAGAGCUUUUUGAUGGUUUCAUCAUCGCGUUCAUUGUGGGACCCACAAUUAUUAGAAUUUUUUUUUAGGUUUUUGUCCAUAAUGACCCCGUUUCUAUCGGGUCAGAGAGAAGAAUUUAAAAAAACAUUUAAACUUCAGAUUUUAGACAAGCACAGCUUUUUCCUCGUCACUCUAAACUAACAUGAGUGAUGAGGCAUUGUUAAGGGUCCAGGUCUGAUUGCUACAUCAAGAAAACAGCAGGGAAAACUUUUGUAUUUUAACAGUUUGGUAAAGUAACUGCUGCGUUCCCACGUCAUCUGAUCGCAUAUCAGCCAAAUGAGUUCAUGAGUUCAACAAAUAUGUCCCAGAUUUCUGCUCAGAAAGACACUGUGUUCGUCAUUCAGUCUGCAUUUUGGGGAUUUGAAUGGCUGCAGAAAAGUUUAGAGAGAUGACGAAAAUAGUUGUGAUUUUAAAUGAAGAAAGAAUGGUCUGGAAACGUAAUGGAAAAUGGUGAGCUCUAGGUAAUGUCAUUGCAAAUUCUUGCAAGAACAUGUAUGUAUUUUUUUAGUGUUUUGCAUCAUGUUUUCCUCCUGGCAGGUCUGAUUGUCCUUAAAAACAGCACAACUAAGACUUAAUUAAGAUGAAAUUAGCUAAAAAGACCUCUUUUUAACAGAGUAAUUUUGUUUUGUAUGCAUGUGAUUCAUUUGUAUGCCCAUGUGUCGGUUUAUUCAUGAUUCACCAGUUUGUGUGUACUGUGUGUGUGUGUGUGUGUGUGUGUAUUGUCACUGAAGCCUAAUGACCAAGCUGCCUUAAAUGUUUUAAAAUUGUUUGUUGAAGUUUUUGAUUUGAACUUCUUCAAACAGGUGCAUUUCAUUUAUCAAAGGAGCAACAGGGUGGUGUUGGACUGAACAGAGAGCUGGUUACAGAGCUACAUGACUGCAAGCAUCCACCCCCCCAAGUGUCCUUCGAACAAGACACUAAAACACCAGCGAAACAGCAAAUAAAAGUCAAAUAGAUAAUUUAGUUUUCUGAGUGUCAACAAGAAUCAAAUGUUUUGUGACAAUAUAAACCAGCUUCUUACAGAUAUAGCUUACAGCUUCCAUUAAUGAUUAAACAUGAUUGCUUUUUUAAUUGUGAAUAUGAACUUUGGAAACACUGGAAACCUGUACAUUUGUGUGUGUUUUUGAAUCUGGAUUAGAUUUGAAUUAUUUAAAAAAUGAAAACCUG